AUGUGUUCAGAGACAGGACGUGUCCUAACGUACAUUUUCUCAACUACCCAGGACAGAUUCUUGUCCCAUUUAACUGCAAAGUGUAUGUCAUCAUUUGUCGUUUAUGACAUCAGUAUUCGUCGUGAGAGCAACCCUGUUUGGACAGCCACUUUGGUCGAAACAUUUAAGAAAUCAGGCCCUGGCUAUAGAUUGGACUCAUGCCUGUGGUCAUCAACACAUGUGAAAGGAAUACUCAAUGGAUGUUGCCUCAAUAAACAAGAGCUCUUGAUGAAACUUCUUGCUGGUUUUGAACCGUCCCUCCAUUCCCUGUAUUCAGAGCUGCUCUCUUGCGCCACCUCUCAACACACGAAAGCAGCAAUGCGUGCGGCUUAUUCCAGUGACCUGGAUAUCACUGUAUGUGCAUUUGUGGACCUUCUCGAGGCCCUUGCUGCCGCAAGGAUGAGAACUGGUGUCUGCUCCUCCAUCCAGAGACUGAUGUUCCUUCAGGCCUCGGCACUCCUGCACCUAGUAGACUCGGAGGUGGAGUACUUUGUGAAGAAGCGAACGCUGCUGUUACUGAAGCGAUGUCUCGCUCAAAGGGCUGGGGAGGAGUGGGCCUUAGGGGAAGGCCACGCCACCCUCUGUGACGCCGAGGGCUGGAGCAGUGACAUUCUCGCAAUGGCUGACGCCGUGCUGCAGGCGGUAGAUUCUGGUUGGCUCAGGCGAGUGUCCGUCAAGCCAGGGGCGAGUUUCUUUGGUGGGAACAGAGAGAGUUCUGCUGAUGGGGAGGGGAAAGAUGCUGUGAUGUUGAGGGCUGUGAGCCUCAUUUUGAUCAAGUGUUUGGAGCUCAUGCAGCAUGUUGUCACUGCAGGAGCUUCCCAUGCUUUUAAUGUCCAGAAGUAUGUAAUGGAGCUUCUGGUCUUCCUGCAACCGCAGGUAUUCCAGUGUCAAAAAGACACACACAACUGCUCUUGGAUCUCAUUGGUGUUCCAUGAACAGGAUGAUGACAUGAUGGAAUCGGCCAAGGCUCUGACUGCCUUGUAUCUGUAUCAGAAAAGGUUAGAUUCCUCAGACCCCGAGGCUUGUAACUGGGGCUGUAAUCCACACUGCCACUUCAUACUUCUGCUCCAAAGUCUCUUCUUUGACCAUACUGUCCUCCUUGACUUCCUCAUUUCUUCUGAAACCUGUUUCUUGGAAUACUGUGUCCUGUACCUUAAACAUUUACCAGAAAACUGGCAAGAAUUUUGUAAUGCUUGCAGUCGUAUUGAAUACUCAGAGAGGAGAUUUGGAAGCUGUGAGGUGGUGAUGGAAGCCCUGCCACUACCUGCAGUGUCUGGAGCUUCAUCGAUCCCACAAGGAACAACAGUUACACCUCGACUUAAAAUCGAUCCCCAGUUUACAACUACUCAGCAACCUGGGAAGGAGCCUGUAUUCAGUUCUUUUCCACGACUGGUUGAUUAUGAGAGCUCGGAGGAGUCAGAGGAGGAAGAACAGAAUGUUUUGAAUCCCCAGACAAAGAGUAACCCAGAGAAACCAGUGGUAAACCGCAGCAUGAGACAAGUGAAGAGCCUUUCCCGAUCAGUUGCUAGAGCAGAGAAGGCGAGGACUGACUCCACUGACUCUCUUCUUAGAAAGGUUGUGUUGUGCCUUACUGAGUUAAGGAGAGUUAUCAGCAGACUUCACACCAGGGGGCUCUUCCCUUACAAUCCUAGUUCACUUCUUAGGUUGCUAAUGGCUGUUGAGGCCAAGGGUAAUUUGUGAGACCCAACAGUAAGCCAGCCCAAGUGAUAUAAAGACUGUAAAACUGUAAAGGUUUCUCCCACUGCAACCAUUUUGGACAAUUUAAUAUUUGUAUAGUGUCUCAAAACAAAACUCAACUCAUAAUCUGGCCACAAAUUAUAAAUACACACAGUGAUUAGGUAUCUUAACACAAUGUUAACUCUGUUGCAAAACAUAAGGCAAAUCUGAUUAAUCAAAGCACCUAGAUAAAAACUAGCCAAGUAAACUUUAGUGCUAUUAGGGAAUAGUUUAAUGUUCGAAUUUAGCUCUGAUCUAAAAUGUGUUGUGAAAAAUACAAUACAGUUGAUGGCUCGAUAACAUGAGGACUUUAGUUUGUGCCUCAUCAUUAGUAAAUCAUAAUUUGAUGGUGGGAGAAGAGGACAAAAUGAUUAGCUUUUCUUAACAGCAAUGACAGAAUUUAAUGUAGUACAGAAUUUCAGGAAGAUCAGUGCUGUGACUCACUGGACUUCAGCGGUGGGUGUAAUCAUUAACCUUUCAUAGUGUUUGUGGCAGUUCAUUUGCAUAAUCCAGAGCCCUGCUUCUGUUUGGUUUUUUUUUGUUUUUUUUUGAGACAGUGUCUCAGAUGUGUGGAUGUUUGUUUGAGUGGUAAUUGAACCAAAUUCCUCUCAGUCAAGCACUGACUUGUAUGGCAAUAAAGUACUGAAACUUAAAACUAAAAUGAUUUAUUAAAUCUCUUUUAGGUUGUUUACUUUAAUGUAAUAUACAUCUUAGCUAUAUUAUUCCAACAAUCCUAGAUUAUUGUUUUGUUUGUGGAGACUGCAAAAAUCAAUAUAACAGUCCAGUGUCAAUUUACCAAUAUGUAGAGUCCAUGAAUACAUGGUUAACUAAAUGAAACAAAAGUAAAGCUGGCUAUAACACAGAGGCUAGGAUUAACGAUGAGCAGCAACAAAACCGUGCAAACACGGGGAUUAAAUACAUGGGCUAAUGAGCACUAAACAAGACACAGGUGCAAACUCAUGAGGGGCAGAGAAAAUGAACCAAUGAACGAAACACAGGAAGUAAAGCCAUAGAAAGACAAGACAGGGAAACCAUGGAGACAGGGAUGCUGGGAUGGUGGCCAAUAAUGACAACUACAAAAACAGUAGUGUGUCCCAUGUGCUGGGUUAAAUCUUCAUGAAAAUUCUAUUUUUCAUUAGGGAAGACUUCCAUAAAUUGAAAUAAGAUUGCUUUUAAUCCAACAUUUACAUGACACUAGCAGGAACUCAGAUCAGUCAGCAUUCACAUUCAAACAAUAAGGAGAAUCAACAAUUUAAGGCAACACCAAAACUGGGGACAUAUCAGUAUAAAUGCAAUUAAAAAUAAAUGGUGCAAUUAAAAGAUUAUACCAACAGGUUAUUGAAGGCUCUUGCUUCUUAAGUAAUCUGGUGUGAUGCAAUCCAUUCUCAGCCUGGCUCCUCCUUUUAGGAAAACACACUCUGAAAUGUACACCCUCCUGAUAAACUCACAACUACAAAGACGUUUUUACUUUCAUUUAUCCAAAUCCAGAAGCAUUAAGCAACAUUAUUUUCCCUGAUCAUGAAACCAUCACUCAACCAGAACAAGUCAAUGUUUUAUUAAACCCCUCCCCAUUCUCAUUUUUUAUUCUUAUUCAAGUGUACAAUGACAAAGCUAUGCGAUAUAUAAUAAUCAUAAAUAAUAAAAGAAUAUGACAAUGUUUAAGAUAUUAUAUGCACAAAAAAUACAGUUCAAUAUGGAUGUACAGUAAAAGAUAUAAAUUGUACAGCACCAUGUGGGUGGAUCAUGAUACAAUAUAAUAAUCUAAGGCAUAUAAAAUCAUUAUAAACCAAUACCUGUGUUUCAUCUGUCUUAUCUCUGUGUUUACUUUUUUUAUCCAGAGGCAAGUAACUGUGUCCGCAUAGCUCAGCUCAGAACUAUCACUGUGCGAAUCUGGAGAGUCCUUGGGGCAUACUGUUUUUUUCCCGGCCAGUGAGUGUGCGUC